CCGGCGGGCCCGGAGCAUGGCGCGGGAGCUGAGCCAGGAGGCUGUGCUGGACUUCCUCUGGGCGGCCGGGGGGCGAGCCCCCAACACGGCGCUGCUCCGCCACUUCCAGCGGUUUCUCCGCGACCCGGCGCUGACGGAGCAGCAGCGGCGGGAGCGCCGCGAGUACUUCAAGAGCCUCGUCAACUCCCUGGCCACCGUCCACCCCGCCGCCGCCCCCGGCGCCUCCAAGGACAUCGUCCUCCGCCGCAGGUACCGCGACCUCCUCGAUGAGGAGCUGCCGCCGCCGGAGGAACAGCGGGAGCAGGAGGAGGAAAAGAACGAGCCGCAGCCGCCGCCGCCCCGACGCGACCCCGACGGGCGGCGCGGCCCCCGCGGGGAGGCGGCGGAGCAGGGGCGGCCCGGCGGGGCGGGGGCUGCUCCGCCCGGGGCCGCGGCGGGCCCUGCUCCACCCCCGUACCGGACCCAGCCGCUAUCCUCGGGCCCCUGGGCGAUUCGCCCCGCCGGCACAGCGCACCCCCGGCCCCCGGCGCUGCCGUCGGGUCCUGGGGCGCUGUCCCCCGCGGUGCAGCCCCGGUCCCGAUCGCCGCCGCUGCCUGCCGCCGGGCUGCCCUCCGCCACAGCGUCCCGGUCUCGGACGCCACCGCUGCCACCGGGCCCGGAGAUGCCGCCUCCCUACAGGUUGCCUCAGCCCCGAUCUCUGCCGCAGCCCGCGACCGGGAUGCCCUUGCUGAAGGCUCCACGGCCCUCAGCAAGCCCGGAGAGGCGAACCCCCGCCGGACCCAUCCCGUCCCCGCUGCUGUCAUCGGGCCCCAGGGCGCUGUCCCCCCGCGACCUGCCCCCUUCCCGAUCCUUGCCGUUGCUGUCCGCCCCGGAGGUGCUGCCUCUGUCCCGCUCCCUGCAGGCACUCCCUGCCAGCCCCUCCUCGUCGCCACUGCUUUUGUCAGGCCCCGAGGCGCUCGCUUUCACCAGGCUGCCCCCAGCGCAGUCCAGGUCCUUGCAGCAGCUCCCCACCAGCCCAUCCCCAGACCUGCCCAGGGGAUCCAGGCGGCUGACCCCCAAGGGACCAACCCAACCGCAAGUCCUGCGACUGCACCCGUCUCAAAGCCUGACACUGCCCUCAGGUCCUGGGAUCCUGCCCCCCACCAGGUCCCCCCCAUCCCAAUCCCUGCCACGGUCCGCCACUCUCCCGUCCCCGUCCCGCCCCCUGCAGCCCCCCCUUGCCAGGUCACCCCCAUCCCAGUCCUUGCUGCCAGCACAGGGCCCCGCAGUGCCCCAAGCCGCAGAGAGCCGGCCCCCAGCACCGCUGCCUGUUUUCCGGAGCAUCAGGCGCCAGCUCGCUUUGUCGGAGGGGCAGGGCACCCUCCCCUCAGCGCACGAUGACUGUGGGCGGCAGCCCCGCUCCGUGCUUGCCAAGGGCUCCCCCAGGAACGCCGCAAGCCGGGGUCCCCUGGUGCCGCUGGGACAGCGGGAGCACGCCUGGCUGGUGGCAAUGUCAGCGGGCUGCUGGGCUCAGGUGCGGGAGCUCUUUCUGGAAGAGCCUGAGCUGGCUCUGCAGAGGGACUUCAUAUCGGGCUUCACGGUCCUUCACUGGCUGGCCAAGCACGGCGACGGGCCGGGCCUGCAGGAGCUGGCAGCGGCGGCGCGGCGGCUCGGGCUGGCCCUGGACGUGGAUGCCCGCUCGGGCUGCGGGUACACGCCGCUGCACCUGGCUGCCAUACACGGCCACCAGCUUGUCAUCAAGGUGCUGGUGCUGCAGCUGGGGUGCCAGGUGCAGGUGCGGGACGGCAGCGGGCGCCAGCCGUGGGAAUACCUGGGCAGCUCCACCUCGGGGGAGAUCUGGCAGCUCCUGGAGGCACCCCGUGGCACAAUCAUGUUCCCCACGCAGCCCCUGGCCCGCAGCGUGUCCUCUGUCAGCAAGGUCUCGCCGUCCACCGGCAGGGCAGCGCUGCCUGCCUGCCUCAGGGUGCAGCUCGGCCGUGGGGCAGUGUCCCACCAAUCCGGCAGCGACAGCGACUGAGACAGCUCCCGGCAUCCCCUGACAGUGGAGAUGGCACCUUGGUGGCCACCCUGAGAGAGGAAGCCACGCAGGCAGAACAAAAGCUGUGAAACAGACUGAACCUAUUGAAGAAUGUACUUUUAAAUUAUUCCAAUGAACUGUUGUCUGAGCCUCUCUGCCGUCCCUCCCAUUUCUUACUUUUCUCCCCAGCGAAAGGAUGCAGUAACUCUGCUGGAAGCAGGAAGAACCGUGGGGAGGCAAGUCCUCUGCAGCCCACAGGGCCAGGACCAGCUGCUGGGUGCAGCCACUACCACCAGCUUUAGUGGGACCAUGGCUUUGGGGUGAGGCUCAAGUCUGGCCCCAGUCAGGGUACAGCACUUGCUUUUGCUGACAGUGACAGAUUGUUGCUGGUCCUGGGGUUUGCAAAACACUUGUUUACACCACCUAAAUUCUGGGGAGCAGUAAAACGACAUCCCUUUUUAAUCCCAGCAGAUUAAGGAUGAGUCCCUCUUUUAAAAAUGCAGCUGAUCAAGAUCCAGCCUUCCAGGGCGUAGGAAAGGGCGUUUCCCAGGCCACCUUGCCCACCAUUCCAUGCUGAAAGGAAUGCAGGGCAGCACCACAGCCCUGCUCCCCUCCACAGCUGCCUGGGGCUGCCCAGCAGUAUCCCUGCUGCUCCCUCAUUCCUGCACCUCCAGUUGCUCUCCUCACACCACAGGAUUAGGAAGUGGUACCCGUGUUGUGGCCAGAGCCCUGUUCCCACGCCCUGGGCCAGAAAGCAUUCCGGUAGGAUUGUGAGUUGGGCAGAAAAGGAGCUGUGCUGUAGUACGGCUCCCAACCUUGCAGAGGGAAGGCAGCUUCAUAACCAGAGCUGCAUCUUCCCAGAGACACCAGCCCUAAAUUGCCUGUUAGGUGUUCAUGUGAUGGGAGCAGGUGGGAUUGGGGGGCCAAGUGCAUUCAUGACAUGUCCAGGGGAGUAAUUCCUCAGAGUUUACAAAAAAACCAAAGGAAUCUCAGCGGAUUGUGUGAGUCCUAUAAUGUACCCUGCUCUCCCAAGUGUCAAAAACUGCAACAAGUUCAUCUUGCACCUAAUCUCCCUCCUACAGAUCCUCUAUGGAGGCGGGAAGAGAGCUAGGAUCCAUGAGGCAGGGAUCCAGUGCUGCCAGGUUGAUGCUGCUGCUGCUGGGUGACCCCGGGUGCAGGACCAGUGAAACUGGGGCUGCUGUCUCAGCCUCAGUGGGAGGCUUUGGGGCACAGCAGAGCAGUAGGUGGGAGCGCUCAUGCAUUUGAGGCAUGUGUGUGAAUGCCUGCAGUUUCGGGGAGGAACAGGAACGAGGGCAGCAGAACCUGACCCUUGCAUAACACGCGUGCCAGGGAAUGCCUCGAGUCCUUGCUCAAGCACUAAUUGAGGUCUCUGCUUUGCUUGGGGUUUAUUUGAGGGAGGAACUUCUUCCUGCACAAGGGAAGCUACUCUGCCUGACUCUCGGGCCACAGAAGGUUGAGGCCUUUUCCUGGGCUGUUUUUCUCCUUUUACAGGGAAAGAGUUUAGUAAACCAAAGCAGUGUCCUGUCAAUGAUCAUUCCUUCUGAAAUGAAACACCGUCUUGAACUCAUAGAAAUUCAGCUGUGAAGUGGUCUCUGAGCUACCGGCAUGAGGACAUGGAGGGCCCUCUGGGACCCCCCAGAGCAGUAGAAAUCCUAUGUAUCCCCCUUCCUCUUCAAUCCAGCUGGGGUUUAUACUCUAGGUCACACCAACAUUCAAAGUGGCUGCUGCCUGGUAAAGCAAUGAAGCCUUUUCCACCACAUUUAGAGCUAUUGUUACUACUCACAUCAUGCACCAGGCUCCCUGGGGAAAGGGAUCCCUGAAGCCUUCCACAAGCCUUGGCUACAAGCUCCUAAACGCAGCUCUGGUGACAGGGGUGACAUCAGAGAUGCCACCAGAGCCUUCCUGUACUGGGAGCUUCUCAGAAGGAACUCCAAACGAAAGAAGUUUGUGAGCUGACUAAAACUGGGGCAGGGGCCACAUGUUUUUCUCCAAAGACAGCUCCCAAAGAACAAUGUUUUCCCCUUUGUAUCUUCCAUGCUGCUAAGACAGCGCUACCUUGGGAUUCUCAUCUUACAGCCUUUCCCUGACCUUUCUCCGUGACGCAAACCAAAGUGGUGCUUUUUCCUUGCACAUUGUUUCAGACCUCGCCUGUCACCUUUUUCAGAGCCCUUUUCUCUCCCUAGCAAUGUUGUCAGAAUGCUGAACUAAAUAAGUUGUGACCUAAUUUUGUGAUCACUGUUUGCUUGCCUAUUGAGAUGACACAGAUAAGCUGGAUUCUCCAAUAUUUGAAUUACAGAGCAACUGUAGGAAGCUCAAAAC